CAAAAUUAUUGUCCAUUUUAGACUUUCACUUUUAGUUCAAAAUCCAAAAUUAUUGUCCAGUUUAGAUUUUCACUGGGACAAUAAUCUUGAGACGAGUAUAUAGUAACAUAACCAUGAACAUGAUGCAUCAGAAGUGAAUCCAUUUCUUCUUCCAACCAUGGAAACCUUCUUCCUUUACCUUCCACUUUACCUAGCUUUAUACAUGGUUACCAGGCAUUUCAUUGGCAAAAUCCGAAAUCUUCCUCCCAGCCCCAUCCUGAAUUUGCCCAUUCUUGGCCAUCUUUACCUUCUAAGGAAGCCGAUUUUCCGAAUCCUGGCGAAGAUUUCCGGCCGUUAUGGCCCUGUACUCCUGCUCCAUUUCGGAUCCCGCCAAGUCCUAGUGGUAUCCUCCCCGGAGGCAGCCGAGGAAUGUCUCAACAAACACGACAUCAUUUUCGCAAACCGCCCGGCUCUGCUUUCCGGGAAACAUUUGGGCUACAAUUACACAUCCCUAGUGUGGGCACCUUACGGUGAUCACUGGAGGAAUCUAAGGAAGAUUUCUUCCCUGGAAAUCUUUUCCGCGCACAGGCUUCAAAUGCUUCAGGGGAUUCGGGUUGACGAAGUGAAGCUGAUGUUGAGAAGGCUUUAUUUUGCUUCCCAAGCAAAACAGAGUGUGAACAUGAAAACCGUGUUUUUCGAGCUGCUGUCAAACAUUAUAAUGAGGAUGGCUGCCGGGAAAAGGUAUUACGGAGGGGAUCUUGAUGAAAUCGAGGAGGCCGAGCAGGCGAAUCGAUUUAAAAUGAUUGUGGAGGAAACCAUGAGAGUUGCCGGGCCUUCGAAUAUUGAGGACUAUUUGCCACUAUACAGGUGGUUAACAUUGGAUAAAAUGGAUAAGAAGUUGCGGGUUCUUCAACAAAAAAGGGAUGGAUUCAUGCAGGAGCUGAUUAAUGAGUUUAAGAUGAAAAGACAAGAAGAAAUGAUAAGGGAUCAUUCGGACAAAAAAAAAGGAGAAAAUCAUAAGACUUUGAUUGAAGUUCUGUUGGAGUUGCAAGAGAAAGAGCCUAACUAUUACAAGGAUGAAAUCAUCAGAGGCUAUAUGCUAGUUUUGUUAGCCUCAGGAACGGAUACAUCACGAGUAACAAUGGAGUGGGCAUUAUCUCUAAUGCUAAACCAUCCCACAACUUUAAAGAAAGCACAAGAAGAAAUUGACAAUGUUAUUGGAAAUGAUCGUUUGUUGGACGAAUCGGAUGUGGUUAAUCUACCUUAUCUACGAUGCAUUGUGAAUGAAACACUAAGAAUGUACCCAGCAGGUCCUCUGUUACCUCAUCAAUCUUCAGAAGAAUGUGUUGUGGGAGGUUACAGAGUUCCCAAAGGUACAAUGCUGUUAGUAAACUUGUGGGCUAUCCAAAAUGAUCCCAAAAUUUGGGAAAAUCCAAGAAAAUUUGAGCCGGAAAGGUUUGAAGGUGUUCAAGUUACAAAAGAUGGUUACAAAUGGAUGCCUUUCGGGGCAGGAAGAAGAGGUUGUGCCGGAGAAUCCUUAGCGACGCGUACGGUUGGAUUCGCGUUAGGCUCAAUCAUACAGUGCUUUCACUGGGAAAGAAUUGGGAAAGAGAUGAUCGAUAUGGCAGAGGGUAGCGGGUUGAGCCUGUCGAAAGUUCAGCCAUUGAUUGCGAAUUGCCAACCGCGUCCUGAAAUGGUUCAUCUACUUUCUCAACUAUGAAUGUUGUAUGUUUGUUCCCCAUGAAUUAAUAAGAACGCACCUCACAGUAAAUUUUUUGUUUGUGGUUUGGUUCUGAUUUUAUUCUUCAAGAUGCAAAAUGUGCUACCAAAGUCCAAUACUGUCAAAAGAUUUCCCCGCAACCUCCAUUCUCUCAUUCUACUAGUAGUACUAUCUCCUGCAUAUUCCAUGAAAUUACAGUUUUCUUGCUCUCAUUGAGAAAAAGAUACAGAACACGGACCAAAAUCCAUCUUUUCAUUUCAACAAGAUCAAGUUACUGCCUUUGCUUCAUCAUGUCAAAGUCUUCAGAUGUAUACAUAGAAGCAC